AUGUCGACACCAUUGUCGCCGAUUCCUUCGGCUUCUCUCAAUGCCAAAACGCCUUCAACCGCACACCGCAAUCCGGGUAGCCUGUCACAUCGGGGAUCGCCCAAGUCGCCGCUUAUAAACAUGGACGACAACGAUGAAAUCACCUACGACGAUGACCCGCCUAGCUCUCCGUUCGUCUCAAUGAUUGACCAGGAGAAUGUAUCUCCCAUGAAGCCUUCGGUCGAGCAAUGCAGCCCGCUCAAAGAUGUGUGGAAGUUCGCAGAGAAGGAACAAACUGCGGAGACUCCAGCAAAGACCCCAGCCGAAGCUCUAUCUCCAAUUAAGACCUCCCGCAAGAACCGCUCCCCCAGCAAAUCGUCUGCUGUUGAGGGUACGCCCGCGCCUUCUGAACCCACCCUCCGCGACAACGAAGGCUUGACGAUAGCCAUCGAUGCUAUGGAGCAAGACAAACUGGCCGACGCUACCUUUGGCGAUAUCUCAUACUACCAGCCUGCUGCGGAGACGCUGGAUGUGGUGGACGAGAAGGUUGAGGAGACAAACGUCGACGAUACUUGCUUCAGCAAUUUCUCUGAGAUUCCGAACACGGACAUGACCAUGUUCGCGAAGCUCGGUAACAGGAGUCCGGCCAAACAGUUGUUCUCUGACGCACGCACACCGCGCAGAACACCACGAACUCCCGGCACGGCCCGCAAGCGCGACUACAACGACCACGACCGCUCGCCGUCGCCGACUCCGCGGCGCCACAAGACCCCCAUGGUUGACAACGACACCACAAAUCUUCUGCUCGACUUCACGCAGCAAAUGGACACGUUCGCGGCGUCGUCGCGCCGCUCGCCGAGCAAGCGGAACUCACCCACGAAAUCGACCACGGAAUCCAACCUCCGCUCAUACUUGAACGAGCAGCGCUCUCCGCGAAAGUCCAGCGCGACGCCCGCCACGCCCCGGGCCGGCCGCCGUGAGAGCAACCUGCUCAAUCUGCUAGACUUCGACCUCCCGCCCGCGCCCACGCCGCGCUCGGUCCCCACGAUCACGGUCCGUGAACUCGAGUCCGUCAAGUCAUCAUACCAGUCUCAGAUUUCAUCUUUGACGGCCACGCUUAGCGGCCGCGCCGCCGAGGUAGAGAGCUUGAAGAAAGCGGUCGCAGACGCAGAGCGCCGUGUCGGCGAGUCGCAGGAGCAGGUGCGUGACGAGGUGAGCCGACGAGAGCACGCCGAGCGCGAGAAGGCCGAGUGGGAGAAGCGCGGAAUUGAGGUUGAAGAGGUACUGCGCAGUAUCCGCGAGGAGGUGAUUGGCAACGAGAAAGAGCGCGAGGAGCUGUUGCGCAAGCUGGAAGAAAGCGAGCGCCGGACCGAGGAGGCCGAGGCACGCUCGACGGAUCUCGAGGCCCGCGCGAUUGAGGCCGAGGGCAAGCUCGUCGACCAGAGCACAAUGGCGCCUGCGGCGGACAGCGACGCUGCUGCCGCCCCUGCUGGCAAGGACGCUGCUGGUCCCACGGGUGGUGCUGCGCGCUUCACGGCCGAGGAAGUCCAGAAGCAAAUCGACGAAAAGGUCGCAACACUCUGCCGCGAACUCCACGUCGUAUACAAAAAGAAGCACGAAACGAAGGUCGCCGCGCUCAAAAAAUCCUACGAAUCCAAAGCCGAGAAGAAGACGACCGAGCUCUCGCGCAAAAUCGACGACCUCACCAAGCAAAUCACAACGCUGCAAUCCGCGCACGACGCCACACAAACCAAAGCAGACAUGUCGUCGACGACCAUCGGCCCCACAACCUCAGAAGCCGAUCUCCGCCGCCUGGACGCGCAAGCCAAGGAGCUCGAGUCGCAGAAGGCGCAACUCGCGUCCCUGACGGGCGAGCUCGAGGCCGCGCGCGCCGAGCGCGCCCUCCUGAAACAGGAACUCGAUGCCGAGCGCCGCGAGAAGGGCGAGCUGGUCGCGGCUGUCGACGAGAUGCUCGCGCUGCAGGCGGAGCAGGUGGCCGAUGGCUCCGCUCAAAAUCAGGGUGGUGGGGCGACGCCUGCGAGGGCGAGAGACGCGGUCGAGGAUUUUAGGCGGAGUAGGCGCGUCAGCGUCAGUGAUGAGUUUAGGCGCAGUACCGCUGCUGGUGGACAUGGCGCUAGCGGUGGUAGUGCUGCGCAUGCUGCUGCUGCUGCUGCGGCAGACAAGCCGGACUUCAGAAGCAGUGCUAUUGGGCGCCCGUCCGGGCUGCGCACGCCGGGCAGUAGGGGUAGUGGGUUGGCGCGGCCGGCGGUCCAGGCCGGCAAGAGCCGCAUGAUGAGCAAUAUUGAGCGCAUGGGGAGUGGGCGGGGUGGGCUGGAGUAA